AUGGCGACAUUUCUCCGGCAACGCUUCGAGACCGCGAAGUUCAACCUUAAGACUAAGACUAAACGAGAAGGAUGGAUCAUACCAAAGCAGACGACAACCUUCGCGGAUGCAGAUUCCUGGAGCAACAUCGAUGCGGAUGUCACACCUGUGGAGCGGCGUACCUGGACCUCUUUCACAGUCCUCGGCUUCUGGAUCUCGGAUGCUAUCAAUGCCCAAGGCUGGCAGGCUCCAAGCUCCAUCAUUGCAGUCGGAUUGACCUGGCGCGAGGCUGUAUAUUGCAUCAUUCUUGGAUGCUUGAUUGACGUUGUGCCAUUGGUGCUCAAUGGUGCAAUUGGUGCACACCUCCAUGUCCCUUUCCCAGUCGCCGCAAGAUCUUCAUUUGGCUUCUUUCUGGCAAGAUUCGCUGUGGUAGUCAGACUAGUCACAGCUCUCUUCUGGCAUGCUAUCCAGACAUAUACUGGUUCGACCGCAAUCACUCAGUGCAUUCGCGUCAUCUGGCCAAGCUAUCUCGACAUUCCGAACCACAUUCCCGAGUCAGUCGGCAUCACCUCACAACAACUCAUUUCUCACUGCUUGUUCUGGAGUAUACAGUUCCCAUUCUUAUUGACACCACCUCACAAGCUCAAGGCUUUCUUCUGGUUCAAAGCGAUUGUCGUGAUCAUCGUGUCGAUUGCUACGGUCAUCUACAUGACACAACUAGCUGGUGGUACUGGCGAUAUCUGGAAGCAAGAGUAUCAGGUACAUGGCUCAAGGAGGUCAUGGUUGAUCAUGUCUAGCUUGAUGAGUGUGGCUGGUAGCUGGGCGACAAUGGCCACCAAUGUCGCAGACUUUACAAGAUAUCUGAAGAACCCUCAAGGUGUCUACUGGCAAGGUUUCUUCCUUCCCCUAAUAUGUUUGAUACUUGGUCUCUUCGGUAUUAUUUCAACUUCUUCCGCCAAGGUUGUCUACGGUGAAUACAUCUGGGACCCCAUCGGACUGGCUGCUCAGUGGGAAACACCCGGAGGAAAGUGUCUGGCUUUCUUUGUUGGAUUCGCAUGGUGUGUUGCCCAGAUUGGUACCAAUCUCAGUGCCAACGUCAUCAGUGCAUCCAAUGACCUCACGAACUUGUUCCCAAAAUACAUCAACAUCAGGAGAGGCGUGGUCCUCAUUACCAUCACUGGAGGCUGGAUUAUGGUUCCAUGGAAGAUUGUAUACUCUGCAGAGUCCUUGCUCAACUUCAUGGUCGGUCUCGCCGUCUUCCUCUGCCCGAUCGCAUCAAUCAUGGCGACCGACUAUUGGCUGGUCAAGAAAAGACACAUCGACGUGCCCAGUCUCUACCGAAGACACGCAAGAUACCGCUACAACUACGGCUUCAAUUGGCGUGCUGUGGCAGCACUACUCUCGUCGCUUGUACCAAAUACACCUGGCCUUGCAAGCUCUGUGAAUAAAAGCUUGAAAAUCUCGCCAGGCAUUGCGCAUGUUUAUGACAUGAACUAUCUCUACGGCUUCACAAGUGCAGCUUUAGUUUACUGGACCUUGUCAUACUUCUUUCCGGCAGAAGAGACUUUGCUGAAAGCCUCGAUAUAUGACGACGAUGACGCACAAGUCAUAGAUGGUGUACAUCUUGCUCAGCAAAGUCGGCGAACCACGAGCGUCACAAGAACUGGAAGUAAGAGUCAGAUCGCGGUAUACUACACCAACCCGACCGGCGGAGAUGGCGGGAGCCAAGGCAGCUCCAGGCCAUGA